GUCUCUCCAAUGUCACUAUUUCAUGGCAGUUUGCGCCACGAGCGUCUUCUAAUACGUGAACGCUACUUGCGACACGAACUGCAGACUGCUCAGGCCUACCGACGCAAUGUGACAUUCGCACACUUCGCCUUGGAACCAGGUUAG